AUGAGGAUUUCUCCACUUGCCGUUCAGGCUCUUCUUUACGCUCUCGUCCCUUUGAAAAUCCACAGUCAAACUCAUGAGGACGAGUGCACCCACGGUAAGCUGUACGUGACGGAUAAUCAGAGUGCGCUGAUUCAUGUCUUUGAUGUUUCCGAGGGCAAACUACAAGAUUUAACAGAGGAGACCACCAUGAUGCUUCCAAGUGUCGGUGCCGGACAGCUUGUGUAUUACGGGCCACCAGGUGACCCACUUAUUGUACAGUACCGUGGUCAAGAAGGACUAGGCUACCAGGAUGGCUUUGUUCGGGUUAUCAACACAGGCUUCUCGCACGAUUCUCACGGUGACCACGGCCACGUUGAAUACACGGAUCCUUCGAUCGUUUCAAAUGCCAUUAUCGACGAAUGUGCCCGCCCCAUCCAUCAAGUCCGUAAUGACGACAAGAUCGCGAUCUUUUGCGAUGGUUCCUUUAGUACCGAUCCUCAAGUCAAUACUACCGUCCACGUUUUGGAUGAAACCAUGCUUGGAUCAUCUGGGAGCGCGAUCGUUCACUCUCGAGUUCUCCAAGGUACUCACCACGGUGUGGCGAUCCCUGUCGACGAUAAUCACUUGCUCCACUCUGUGGCUCUCAAAGACCGCGUCGACCGCGUUCCCGGAACUUCAUCCCUUCCUUCCACGUUCCAAGUCGUUGACUAUGACGGAAAUAUUCUUCAUGAACUCUCGGAUACUUCUAACCCCGACACUCAUUGUUCGGGUUUUCAUGGAAGCGCUUCCGUUGAAAACACUUUUGUACUUGCCUGUGACGAUGUGCACGGGGGUAUUGUUGUUGUUGAGUACGAUCCUCAAGGCGGGGGCUAUACUUCCAGGGCAAUCACCUACCCUCCGGAUGAGAAGUAUGACAGCUUUCGCAUUGGAAGCUUCGCCUACCACAAGAACUCACAUUACAUUGUUGGGAGUUACACAGUCAGUGGUGGUACCGAAUUCCAUCUCGCGGCAUUUUCUCCAUCCUCGACAUCCAUUGGAGAAUCGAACAUUCUUACUUUGCCCUCGGAUUCUCGUCAGUGUGCUUACCAGUUCGAAGUCGGAACAGGGGAGCAUCUUCUGGUCUUGUUGCCUAACGGCGUCCUACAUGUAUUCGAGAUUGCCGAUGGAUCCUUCACUCAAGUUGCCAAGAAAGAGAUCGUUCCCAACAUGUCGGCUUGCUCCGAAGCGACCUUCACGGCAGGUAUUGGCCAGGCCUUUGUGGCGACUCCAGGUACUCGCUCUAUGUAUGCCAUUGGCCUAACGCACGUUGAAGAAGGCGAGAUCGAUGUGUUCGAGUCGACUCUUCCCUUCACGCCUACUGCGAUGACUGUCAGUGGUUUCUCUUACGAUGCUGCAUGUACUCUUGAACACGACCAUGCACACGCCGAGUCUUCAGGAGUAAAGACAUCCCAUGUAUUUGCCCUCCUUGUGAUUGCAGGAAGUGUCUUUUUCUAG